ACCCGGCAUUAGAUAAACUUUUGGAUCGUUGCACUGCGUUGGCGGAUGUUACAGUGGGGAAUUUGGUUUGUGGUGCUGAGUCGUACACACCUGAUAAGAACUGUAUCAUUGGUGAGACUGCGCAGGUUCCGGGCUAUUUCGUAGCGACUGGUUUAAGUGGUCAAGGACUGGCAAUGGCCGGUGGUCUUGGUGAUGUUUUGGCUGACAUGGUGUGUGAUAUAUUGCCGCAAGUUGACGUGUCAAAGAUGGAUGCAAAACGUUUUCUCGAUUUACAUGCA